GAGGGCGCUGGUGUUUCAAAGAAAGUCCGUCGUGACGCAAUUGGGGAAUCCAACUUGUUGAUCUCGUCCCACUUCUUGCUCUUCAUUCAAACAGAAAUUCCUCGGUGUCGUCUUGUAUUAGUCAGCGCUGAUUUCCACGGAGGCACGUCUCAGAGCAACACUCCGUCUGGAUCAUUCAUUACGAAACAGUCAAACGGUUCGCAUCUUGUGGUGAAGAAGUUCUCUCAAUUCACUCUGGCGCCUCCGGAUGAUGUAAAAAAGUUUGGGAUUCAGUACAAAUCAGUGACAUUGAAGUAAUAAAAGAAGAUGCAGAAGCAAAGUGGUCAUACCACAUCAAGUGGACUCUCAAUGGACAUUUACUUGUACGACAUGCCGACGCAGGAACGUGAAAAUCUCUGCAGAAUUCUGGAUGAAAACGACGUAUGGAGAAAUCUGGCUCUCAAUCAUAUGGGGUACACAAAGACGGAUCUUCAGGAAAUCAAACGGCAGAUGCAACAUGGGAAUUCCCCAGCCGAUGAACUUCUCACAAUGUGGGGUGAUCAGAAUCACACUGUAACGGAGUUGUUUAUCCUCCUAUCCAGAAUGCAACAGUACGUGGCAAUGUCUGUGAUCAAGGAUCUUGUGGAUCGCCGGUAUCAUCGUUUGAUCUACAGUGGCCAGCCUGACUUAUCCGUCCUGCUUCAGAAUAACAGUCUCAAAGAUAAGAAAGAAAAGAGUCCCGUGACAGAGGAGGAAAGACGCCCUGAUGUCCCAAAGCGAUUAACAAAUGCCAAGAUUCUCAAUUGCCAACAGAAUGAAGUCAGCAAUGAGAACAACGAGGAACAGAAUGGAAUUACCUCAACGGGUGUCGUGGAUAUUAAGAAUAUUAAAGACUACGCAAGCACAAUACCCCAGAUUGAGUAUCAAGAACUCGUAGAAGCCACGAACAAUUGGAGCGAUAAGAGUAUUCUUGGGAAAGGGGGCUUUGGAACCGUGUACAAGGGUAUGUGGAAGUGCACGGCAGUGGCAAUAAAGAAGAUAGAAUACCGCGGUACGGGAGAUGCAGAAGCCAAUAAGAUUCAGAUGCAGCAGAGUCUCAAUGAGUUACGACAUCUCAAUUCCUGCCGCCACGACAACAUUCUUCCACUCUAUGGAUACAGCAUCAACGGCGCUGAGCCAUGUUUAGUGUAUCAACUCAUGACUGGCGGAUCUCUGGAGCAGAGACUCUUCAGUGGACCCCAGGCGGCUCCUUUGGUGUGGACUCAGAGGUUCAACAUCGCUAAAGGAACAGCCAGAGGUCUUCAGUACCUUCACACAUUCAAGGAGAAACCACUAAUUCACGGUGAUAUUAAACCAGCCAACAUUCUUCUUGAUCCAUGCUGUCAACCUCGUAUUGGAGAUUUUGGUCUCGCCCGGGAGGGCCCAAAUGCCGUUAAUACAGCAAUGGAAGUUUCUCGUGUUUAUGGAACAAAACCCUAUCUUCCCGCUGAAUUUCUAGGCUAUCGCAGCCUCAGUACAAAAGUUGAUACAUUCAGCUUUGGUGUGGUGCUCUUUGAACUUGUCACGGGAUUGAGGGCGUACGAUCACAAGCGAACGCAUAAAUUCCUCACUAGGCACAUUAUGGCUGCGUGUGCAGAGAAUGUUUCGAUUGAUCAAUUAAUCGACAAGUCCUGCCCUGCGGAUGCAGUUAUUGAAAAAGCAUGUUCCAUGAUGAUUAGUUUGGGGCGUUUUUGUACAGCCGACAGGCCGGAAGAUCGUCCGGAGAUGGUGAAGGUGCUGUCAUUCUUUGAUACUAAAAUUAAUUUGUGAUUUGCCUUUUAUUCCAACAUAGAGCCUAUUUUUAUUUAAUAGGCUCGCAUAAUAUUUUUAUAAAGUUUUAUCAACAAAAAUUAUAUAUUAAAAAAAAUCA